AUGGCCAAAGUGAUAUUUCGCAAUGGAAAACAAUCUCCUCCAGAUCAGAAAGAAUUUGAUUCAUUUAAUAAAAAUAAUAGAUUGAAAAAACCAUUUGAAAUGCAACCGUUCAAAAUGAAUGAUUUAACAGAUGAAUAUAAAAAAAAUUCAACAGCAUCUGAAAUAUCUCCAGCUGAUAAUUCGUUUAACCAAAUAUAUGGAAAUAAUACUUGUGAACCUUUUAAAGAAAUGCUUGAGGAUGUUAAACGUGACUUUCUUAAAUUCAGACCAUUUUACAACACAAGAGACACAUUAGGAAAUAAUCUUGAUCUUAAACAACCUGAUAAUCCAUAUUUAAGAUUAUCCCAUGAUUCUCAUCCCAUAAAACCCCAGCAUAUGUGGAAAAUGUAUGAAUAUUAUCAAGCCCUGCGUUUUGGAGGUAAAGAUUUACCAAAUUGGUUAACUGAAUCUAUGAUGUUAGAUAUGGAAGAAAGCAAUAAAUUAUUAAUGCAAUUCUUAUUCAAAUAUGCAUAUGCCAGAAAACUAUCAGCAGGUUCCUAUACAAAUAGUAUUUUAGAGGAAUUCAAGAAAAUAAAGAAAAAUUCAAAACAAAAUGGUCAACAUCAUCUUCAAUUAUUGUGUGCUGAUGAAUUAAUAGUUGCUGCAGUUAUUGCUACUUUAACUUACCCAGAAAGUAAUAUUUGUGGAAAUAAAUUCGACAUGAUAGUACCAAAACAUGGGACAGCAAUAAUUGUAGAACUACAUGAACGCCAAAAACAACAUUAUGUCAAAGUUUUACAUUGGAACUCUAAUGCAGAUGAACCAAAAGAAAUAAAAAAUAAUUCAUGUAAAAAUGGAUGCACUUUGGAAAAUUUUGAGAAAAUGCUGAAAGAUGCUACUACAUCUGAUUAUGAAUACUUGGAUGGUUGCGGAAAACCUAUUGAUUAA